GGAAUCACUUUCUGUCUAUACCAACAAGACUCAGAUAUGGCGCAUCCGGUACAAUUGACGACAUCGCGCGACACGCCGAACCCUCUACGACCAUACUAUCGCCCUCCCUCUAUAGGCCUCCCGCCGUCGGACGCAAACGCGACAAGCUCGGCCACUGGAGCAAGCAGCAGCCUGGGAAGCUCAGCACGCGAUGCCUUCAACGACCUCGACUACUCUUCGUUUUUGAGCGAUGGCGACUCUGCUUCCGUCGCCGACAUGGGCCGCAAGGUCCUCGACCAAGCCCUGUGGAAAUACACUUCGGUCCUCCUAGCACAACCCUUCGAUGUCGCAAAGACCAUUCUACAAGUUCGCCUGGCUACACAACUCGACGCCGAAUCCACCUUGAGGCGAAGAACUUCUGCCCGUUUCGCUGUCGACCAGUACCCUCCGAGCGAAGAUGAGUCGGACCCGGAUGAGCCAAGCUACUUUACGCCUACGAAGCCUACGAGAGCGAACGAGUCGGACAGGUCUCGCUCUCGUCGUCCUCGUACCCCGCCAUCACGCGAUUCAAGAGACCAGUCGCCAGCUCCCCAUGUCCUGCAGCUGCGCCGGCCAGACUCCAUCAUGGAGACUCUGUCUCAGCUGUGGCAGCAAGCCGGUGCUGCUGCCAUGUGGAAGGCUACAAAUGCCACCUUCAUCUACAAUGUCCUGGUCAAGGCUGUCGAAGGUUGGACACGGAAUCUGUUGUCUGCUCUGUUCGACUUGCCAGACCCAUCUUCGCUAGCAUCUGUGCCUGCAGAGGUUGUUGCUGGCGCAAUGGGCGGUCUUGAUGUUGCCGACAGCCCCUCUCCAUUGGCUUCGUUGGGCAUCGCAGUUGCUGCUUCUGCUAUUGCUGCUUUGCUGCUUGCCCCGCUUGAUCUUGUCCGCACAAGACUCAUCCUCACACCCACCACAUCGCAACCUCGCGCAAUCCUACCAAACCUCCGCUCGCUCUCUAGCCUGACCAUUCCUACCUCGCUCUUCCCCAUCACCCUCCUCCACUCGACUCUUCCAACGCUUCUGAGCACCAGCACUCCUCUCGUCCUCCGCCAAUACCUCCGCAUUGACCCUCUCUCAACACCAGCCACCUACUCUCUCGCUACAUUCCUUACUUCCACAACCGAGCUCUUCAUCAAACUACCCCUUGAGACCGUCCUUCGCCGCGCCCAAAUCGCCCACCUCAAAUCUGGCCACAAGCACGCCUACAACAAGGCUGCCCUGAACUCUUUCCGCGGAAGCAAAAAUGUCUCCAGUCCUGACAUGGACACCAUCGUUCCCGUCGGCCCCUACAAAGGCAUCUUCGGCACUGCUUGGAGUAUCGUCUCUGAAGAAGGUAUUCGCGAGCAACCGCCCCAAUCUCGUCUCAGCACUCCCGCCAGACCUGGUCUUGUCGCCAAAAACAAGGAAAAGAAGGGACAAGGUGUCGGUGGUCUAUGGAGAGGUUGGAGAGUUGGCAUGUGGGGUUUGGUUGGUGUCUGGGGUGCUUCCGCUCUUGGAGGCGGUGGCAGGACUGGUGGUGAGUUCUAGAAGAACGCUUUUCGUCCCUGAGACCAUCCCUUUGCGUGGUCAAUUUUGUACUCUACUCUUUGGUUUGAUGGUUUGAUGGUUUGCAUGUCUGUUACUGGCGAGGCGUUUGGGAGGUGUCUUGCUCUUUUUUCACGAAAAUACAUCAUCAUGCUACUCUUCUUCGAACACUGUACUC